CCGACACAAGUGCACACUACAAGAGGCAGAGACAGCGAAGCACGGCAGGCAGGCAGGCGGGCCGACGGACGGCGACGGACGGCGGCGGGUACCGGUGCGCCUGUCUUUGUUGGAAACCGGAGGAGGGGGGACUGGAUGGUGGAUUUGUUUAUCCUGAGGAUUUGGAUCGGGGGCUAGGAUAACUUCGCAUGGGACAAAACCCGCCUUCUUUCAUGUCAUCCGCCGAUUUGUUUCACCCGGCGUGUUGACGCCAGUGGAGGAAAAAAAAAGAAGAAGGGGGAAACGGAGGAGAGCAAGUGACAGAUAGGCGACAUGAAUGUACACGCGUUUCCGUCCACCAGCUGUACAGGAUAGAUGCAACAAAAACACGUCUUCUUCUUCUUCUUCUUCUUUUAAAUGUGACUCCAGGAGCUUAACACAGAUGAUCCCAUGCAGCAACGUGGGUCGAUAUAAACGGAGACAAGAAAGAGAUGCUCUGCUGCACGCUUGAGGUUUUGCACCGUAGGGCAAUGUGUUAUUGACGAUUUUUGCACGGCGUGAAAAAAAAAAAAUGCAUCGAGUAACAACUUUGUUCAUAGGCCUGACAGACUGCCAGACGUCUCACGAUCUUUCAUAAAAAGUACAUUUAUGUGUUAGACGUGUGUAUGCUGUAGUAAUCCUGUUAGAGCUUCAGUGCCAUUUAUCUGUCAACCCCGAAGCCCUGUGCUGUUUUUCACGAUUUUACAUUUUGAAACCCUAAAAUGCAGUCUAUUGACAUCAGUGAUUGCGUUAUGUAGAUAAAUCCCCCAAAGCUGUGCAGUUGUGUUGCCAACUGAUUGGUAAAUUGUAGAUGUAGGCAGGCCUAACCUUCGCUUAUGCAGAUCCAAUCGAUAGCGAGAUAAAGACAGCUCUGGCGGGCUGUCUGUGCUGCUCUGCAAGUGUCACGGGGGUGUGUUUUAAAAAUCCUGCAUAUCUAGUGUUUUACACAUGCAUCAAAGCGGCAGAGAAGCUGCACAAUAGCGAAAGAGGGGGAGAGACUAUCCAAACACUCACUGUGUAGUCUCGGAGAACAUACUGUAAAGGAAGCGUCUCAAGAAAAAGUUUCAAUGGUUUUCCGAAAGUUGCCCGGUGUGUCGGCAUCGGGCAUGGGUCUGCGCCUGUCCCAGAAAUUCGUGUUUCUGCUCUUUCUCUCGGGAUUGGUAACUCUGUGUUUUGGGGCCCUUUUCUUUUUGCCGGAUUCAGUCCGACUAAAACGCAUUUUUCUGUCCAAGACAGAGACCCAGCCUGUCACGGUUGGCUCCGGGUCAGAGAAUGAUGCCAGAGAGCACUUAAAAAGACCCAAGGAUCAGGAUCACCCGCGGGGCAUGGUCUCAACUAAAGGAGAGACGAGCACCAAACUGAAAAGUCUGAGCCGAAAAGCCUCCGUCUCACAUGAGGCGACCGAGGAGAGGAUCACCGGGGGGAAAGCACUGGAGGAUUUGAUUCUGUCCAGGUCGAAACCAGAGUCCGCCUCGGAGAAAGCGACCGCCGCCAAUAACCAGGCUGCCAGCUCGGAUACUUUCAGUCACAUGAAGUUCAAAAGGUGUCUGCUGAAACCCCCGCUGGGGAAAGACGGCGGCAAACCGAGCGACCCCAAGACCGAUGAGCGCCGGGAGAAAGUCAAAGAGAUGAUGAAGUUUGCCUGGGACAACUACAAGAGCUACGCCUGGGGCAAGAAUGAGCUGCGGCCUUUGACGAAAAACGGGCAUAUUGGCAACAUGUUUGGUGGCCUGAGAGGAGCGUCCGUCAUUGACUCACUGGACACACUGUAUAUUAUGGGAUUGAUGGACGAAUAUAAAGACGCCAAGGAAUGGGUGCAGACCAGUCUGGACCUGAACUCGAACGGCGAGGCAUCACUCUUUGAGGUGAACAUCCGUUACGUCGGCGGGUUGCUGUCAGCGUACUACCUGACAGGAGAGGAGUUGUUCAAGAGUAAAGUGAUGGAGCUUGGAGAGAAGCUGCUGCCUGCUUUCAACACGCCAACAGGAAUCCCCCGAGGAGUCAUCAACCUGGGAAGUGGCACCAGUUGGAGCUGGGGCUGGGCAUCAGCCGGGAGCAGCAUCCUGGCUGAGUUUGGGACCCUGCACCUUGAAUUCGUCCAUCUGUCCGAGCUCACCAACAAUCCCAUAUACACAGAGAAGGUUAUGAACAUCAGGAAACUGCUGAACAAGAUUGAAAAACCUCACGGCCUGUACCCCAACUUCCUCAGUCCAGUGAGCGGCAACUGGGUCCAACAUCACGUUUCCAUCGGCGGCCUCGGAGAUAGUUUCUACGAGUAUCUGAUCAAAUCGUUCCUCAUGUCAGACAAGACGGACGAGGACGCAAAACAGAUGUACUACAACGCACUGGAGGCGAUUGAAGCUAACUUGGUACAGAAGUCAGCUGGUGGCCUCACCUACCUGGCCGAGUGGAGGGGAGGGAUCCUGGAUCACAAGAUGGGCCACCUGGCCUGCUUCUCUGGGGGCAUGAUCGGCAUCGGGGCCGAUGACGGAGCUACGGAGAAGAGGCAGCACUACCUGGACCUGGCUGCUGAGAUCACACACACAUGCCACGAGAGCUACACACGCUCAGCCACCAAACUGGGACCUGAGGCGUUCAGAUUCGACGGGGGAGCUGAAGCCACAGCAACCAGACUGAGUGACCGAUAUUACAUCCUACGACCAGAAGUCAUCGAGAGCUACAUGUACAUGUGGAGACUGACCCAUGACCCCAAGUACAGAGAGUGGGGCUGGGAGGCUGUUGAGGUGAGACACACCAACACAGUAGAACAGCACUGCAGAGUGGACGCUGGCUUCUCCGGGAUCCGUGACGUUUACACUGACAGUAAGCACGACAACAUGCAGCAGAGCUUCUUCCUCUCAGAGACGCUCAAGUAUCUUUACCUGCUCUUCUCCGAUGAUGACCUCCUCCCAAUGGAGGACUGGGUCUUCAACACUGAAGCCCACCCGCUGCCCGUCAUCCGCAAGAGCUGCCUGCAGGACGAAGCGACACAGGAUAAGACAGUCUCCGAAUAAGACCGAACACCUCCCAACACUUGAGACGGUUACUGACACAUAUUUGCACAAUUCAUGUGCGCACACAGUCAAAUAUUGCAAACACCAAUUAAAUGCAGGUUCAGAGUCUUUUCAGGAGCGUGUUAUGGACUCUCAAUUCCUUUCCAGUAAAGGAUGUUGUCGUUUUACGCUGUGAUUGUAUAUCCUUUUGCCGGGGUUACUUCCUGCUGGCACUUCUUUUUUGUGGACAAUCAAGAGAAACAUGACUUUCAUGAAAAGAGCACCUUUUUCUUUCCUUCUUUCCUCUGUGAGGAAACCAGUAUAACUUGCAGACCCAAAUGUAUGGGAGGAGGGUUGAACUAUGGGCCAUAUUGUUAGAAAGAGAAACGUAUAGAAAACCACUUGAGUUUCGCUCUUUGAUUUCGUCGUUUUGUUAAUCUUGAGUGAUGAAUGAUUUCCUUUAAUCUUGUCAUUGCAUAUUUUUUCCUUUGUGAGUACACUCUUUGACCAAAGGUUUCUUUGCAUUUAUAUUUCCCUCUUUUCCAGUAAUGUGGUGAGAUUUGGCAGAUAGUACAUUGUACUAUAAAGGAUUGAAUUGUAAUGAAUAUUGAUUGAUGUACAGACAAACAAGAAAUGUGUUUCUCGAAUCCACCUCCUAACUAAUGUUGAUGUCAUGUUUCUUGCUGAAACGAGCUUGAAUGAUUUUUUUUAAAGUGGGGAGGUGGCAGGAAAGUGGCCGUGUCUUAUGCAUCCAGGGACCAUUUAAAAAAAGAUGUUGGGUUGUGUUUCCAUGUAUGCUUUGGUUAUUUUUUAAACAGGACAAUGCUUGCUCAGUCCUCUCAGCCUUUCAAAUCAAAGUUACAAAUGGGAUACUGUCAGUUCUGUGACUGUAAUACAAGCUUAAGGGAAAAGGAGCGCAUAGGAAAAGCAACUCUUUGCUAGCCAACUCAAAAUGGGUUUUCCUGUUUCUGUAGUUCUGUUUUUUUUUUUUGGUUCACCCUGCCUUUACAUGUGAACCUUACGGCUGCCAAUUGUGAUGUUAAAGGCUGCAAAAAAAAGAGCCUGAGAGCCGACUGGGGAGACGAGUUUUCAUUUCCAUCGCUGUUCUUUUCAUCACUGCUGUCCUGCACAGUUGUGGAGCGAAUGUGCUGUACAUACAGAAGAAGUGAGUGACCCCUGUAUGAGCUUGUCUUGACUUUAUUUUGUGAUAUCUCUGUCUCUCUCUCUCUCUCUCUCUCUCUCUCUCUCUCUCUCUCUCUCUCUCUCUCUCUCUCUCU